AUCAGAUACGGUGUAACUCCCUUGGCCGACCUUUUGUUUUGCGAAAACAGGGUAACUCCGGCAGUGCAGUCCGCCAUUUCUAUGACACGGCCGUUGAUAACACAAGAUGAAUGGCGCGAUCGGCACACGAUAAGAUAACAUCAGUAGAUAAGCCUGAUAAGGCCCGCAUACAUAAUUUGAGUCAUCCCGCUACCGAGUCGACCCAGCAUACAGAUUAUAUCUCGGAUAAAUCCGCCUCGAUUUGGAGUCCACUUCGCUGUAGCGAACAAUGCGAGUGAUUUCAGCUAGUGUUUUACAUUGCUUGAAACUCGACGGAACUUCGCAUCAACACUGACCUCUGAGAGGUCACGGCGCAGUCGAAUAGACCGCAAAUACGGGGUCACAGCGCAUUGACCUGCCGUGCAUGGAACUUUCAUAUACAACUCGGGAACGGUUACAUUGUGUACGAUGUCCCGGCGAAAACAAUCAAAUCCAAAGCCUUUGAAAUUGUCAAGUGAUGAGCCCUCUAUCAAGGUUGAAGAUGGAGGACAACCAGAAGUUUCAGGAAAUGGGGAAACAGCUGGCGAGGGGAGUCCUACAAGUAGUCACCACCAGGGGGAGAAUCAAGGGGAAAUCACCCAGCUAUCUUCACGCUGCAUCCAGUCGCCAACACCAUCUGACUUAGACCCGAGUGACCGCCAUACAGAGACACCUGGUGGGAAGGAAGAUCAAAACAAUAUGUCAGACAUGGAAAAUGUGCAAGUAAAACAGGAAGUAAAUACAGAUUCAUCAAGUCCGACAAUGUUACAGGGCUUAGCAAAUCAACUGCAGCUGCCAAAAGAUGUUCUGUAUUUGAAACGAGUUGAGAUAACAAUGCACGGAAACACGGCUGUGUGCUGGGUGGUCUGUUGUGCCAUUCCACUCCAAGCUGGAAGCAGUUUGGGACCCUUUCAAGGGGAGGUAACCUCAGCCGAUAAAGUCAGAGUUGGCGAUUUGAUACUACAGUUUUCUGGGAAAACGGAGCCGAUACUUGUGAAUGUGACCGCUCAGUCUGGGGCCUGGCUAGCCUUGCUGAGAACUGCCACCAACAACACUGUCAAAAACACUUGUGUACAUCUUGAAGGCGACCGAAUAUGGUGUGAGGUUGUCUCUGACUUGGAGGAAGGCUCAGAGCUGAUUGGCUCAUUCCUGUACCAUGUAGAAAAUGAAUCUCCCCCUCCACAUUCGGAGUCCCCAAUACCAGCCCCUCCCCUGCCACCAGUACAGGAGGAAGAACCAGUCAAACCAGAACCGCCUCCAGCACCUGUGUCAAAAAGGUCAAGGUCACCGACAAAUCAUGCUGCCCUUAUUUAUGGUUGUCCAUUCUGCAGUGUGAGAUUCAGUAGUCCAAGGACGCUUCAAGGUCAUCUAGCAUACUACUGUUCAAAGAAGCCCCCAGACUUGGGUGAGAAAACUGCCAGGGAGGGAGAAGGCAGCAGUCAGAACGCUGACGAUAAUGACACAGACGAGGACUCUAAACCAGAUGCUUCAGUGGCAAUGGAUGAAGACGAGAAAUCAAAACUAAAAAGGCCUUUGGAGAGUGAUGGUUCUUCCUAUAAACAGGAUCAAGAUUCUCCACCAGCUAAAGUUUCCAAAAUGGGUCAAACGUUCAAAUGUCCCCACUGUUCAUACACAGCAGACAAACUGUCAAGCCUUAACCGUCACCGCCGCAUCCACAACCGACCUUCAGACGACACUGAUGAUGUUGGGAGUGUCCCGGUACCCCUAAGUGAGACCUACUGCAAAGACUGCAAUAUACAAUUCUCAUCUCUAAGCACUUUCAAAGGUCACAAGGAAUUCUACUGCAACAAAAGAAAUGGAUCUGACCGAUCGGAAACCCCAAAGAAAGAGUCGUGGGAAGACAAAAUCGGAGCUGAAAGCACGUCAUCUCAUAGUUCUCCUACUUCACAACCAUCGGAGCCACACAGGAAUAUUUUCCUCCCUUCUGGGCCAAUCAUGACACAGACUGUUAUUUCUGCUGUGUCAUCUGCUGCUGUAAUGCCAGGGCAGACGGCAGUUAUAUUUGCUGCUCCUGUUAUGGCAACCAGUGAUAUGGGUAUCACCAUGCCAACAGUGAUUGUCCAACCGGUAAUUGCUCCUCCUCCUGUGUGUUCUUCAUCUGCUGCCUUGAAAGAACCUCCUCUGUCUCCAACAAAAGUACCAACUGAGGCACACCAGAAGUCAAAAUCGGCUGCAUUGUGUUCAGAAAAACCUCUGGACUUGAGCACAAAGAAAGACGACAGUCCUGAGAAAGAGAAAUCUCCAAAGAAGAUCUUAAACAUGGCAAAAGACUCUCUCAAACUCAUCACGAGUCAGGCUAUUCUCAAAGAAUUUCCCUCACUCAUAGAGUGCAAGUCUCCACCUUUAACCUCCCCGAAAUCUGUUACCUCCAACCACUCAAGAUCACCUCACGAAAGUUCAAGGUCACCCCAGCUAGCUUCAAGAUCUAAGUCACCACAGAACACGUCACCAAGUUUGUCAUCUCGGUCAAGGUCACCGGAGCAUAUACGACACAGAACAAGUCCGUACCUACAGGGCCUAGCCCCCCACUUCCUGCCGAUGUCUGUGGCAGGCGUGACAGCCCAGGCAGUUGCAGCACUGCAGCCUCCCACAGCUGUAGCGACCAUCAGCAAAUGUGGUGACUGUAACAUAGUGUUUUACAAACACGAAAACUAUCUCAUCCACAGAGAACACUACUGUUCAGGGAAAAAGGCAAAAUUUUCCUCUCCCCCAAAAUCAGAGAGUUUGAGAAGCCCAAAGAGUAGUUCCGAGUCCGGUUCCCCAACACGCACGGAAAUGUUGACUUCUAACACUGACCAACAGAAGGAAGCAGAGGCAGACAUAGAUUCAUCUGAGGAUAUCUAUUAUCGCUUCUUUUGUGUCCCUUGCAAGAUCAAGUUCAGCUCAGCAAGCACUCUGAAGGCUCACAAAGAGUUUUACUGCCCACAUGGUAAGGAUAGUGGUCACUCCAUAGUCAUUCAAGCUACUGAAUCUAAGGAAGAAUCUCCUACACCUAAAACACCAGUUACCCCAGAAAUUGUGGACUUCCGAUGUGAUAGGUGCGAGAGUGUGUUCACGACAUCGCGCCUCCUGAAGCUCCAUCUGUGUAGUGGCGAGUCCACAACCAUGCCGCUCUUUAGAUGUCCACAUUGUGACUACGUCACUCAGACUGAUACCAGACUUUCAGACCAUAUGAAGGUACAUGCGCCAACAAGGGCAUUCAGGUGUACUGUAUGUGGUUACCGUGGCAACACAGUUCGGGGGAUGCGAAUGCAUGGAAAAAGUCAUAUUGACAAUGGUGAAGAGUUCACCGACGAUAGCAUGAUAGAGUAUGAAGAACCAGCGCUGAUGCCCAUUCAGACAAAUGGCCAGACCUCCCAUGGCCCUGUGGACAUGGAGGCUGAGCUGAUUAGAUUAAAGAAUGAACCAUACAAGAGACGCAGAUCUCGUAAAUCAUUUGAAAAGACGGAAUACAUCCUCUCCCCUGGUUCACUCCAACAAACACAACACUGCCCGGUGUGUCGUGAGGCUUUCCCCAAUCUGAAGUUCCUCAAUGUCCAUAUGCGAAUCCAUGAGAUGGCCCUGAAAUACCAGCAGGACUUGCUCAAAUGCCACAAGUGUUCAUACUUGGCCAAGUCAAAAGAAGACCUUAUAUUUCACAUGAAGGACAUCCACACACCUCCACAGUCAAGCCCUAGUCCUACAAGCCUCAAGACAUCUCCCACCCCCGAGCAAAGACCUCCAAGUCAGGAGAGGAUAAUACACAUAAAACAGGAACCUAUUGACCCUGGAUUUGAUGCUGCUUUUGAGAAAGAUAAGGACAGAGAAAGGGAUCUUUCCCCUUCCAGUCCAAAUAAAGAGAAUGUAAAGCGUGAAAACAUUCAGGACAGAUCCUACACCCCUAAGUCUGAUGGUACGCAGAGUGUACGAGCAUCUCCAUUCUCUCGUGUGUCCCCCAACUCCCAUCUCUCCCCGCUCAACCCUCCCGCAUCACCCCCUAUCAAAUCUCAACCCAAAUCGCCCAUGGAUGGAGCCUCCAACGGAUCAGGGCACGAUAGGCAUUCUCCGGAUAUUUCCCGGAAGGACAUGUCAAAUGGCUCCGGACCACAUUCCAUUAUGUUCCCUUCCGGGCCUGUGUUUCCAUACUUCCUGAUUCCACCCUCGAGUGUGGGAACAUCAGUUGUCUCCCCUGAACCCACCUCACCAAAGACAGAAAAAGGUCCAAAGUAUUGCAAGAAUUGUGAUAUUAGUUUCACGUACCUGGCCACCUUCUUGGCCCACAAGAAGUAUUACUGUACUGCAGCCAAGACAAGCGAGGAACUCAGUCCCUCUGCCAGUGCUUAGCUAGUCUACCAGGUUUGGUUACGAAAAGGAAUGUGUAACUAAUCUCUCAAGUGAUUGGUUGAAAUAUUUGACUGUGUAACUAGUCAUGCUGUGUGAUUGGUCAAGCUUGAGCAUGUCCCUACCUCUUUCACACCUAACAAAUCAGAAAAGGAGGCAUUGGUCAAGAAGCAAACAUGAAUUAUUAUAUAUAUAUUAUUACUCAAACUUACCGUACAUGGUAUAAUUAGCACUCUCCCCCACCCCAUUUAUUUAUCACUGUUAUUUAUAUCUUAUCAUUGCAUACUUGCAUACAUUCUGAUAAGAGUACCUUAUAUAUUAUUGAGUAUAGCAAUCCUGACCAAACACAAUGAUUCCAGUGAAUCCUACCUUAUGAACUGAUGAGCUCUCAAGUCACCAGCUAUGUCAAGGAUGUCAAACUAUGAAACAUUGUACAAUGAAACCCUGUCAUUCUGGAUCCUGUCAAUCACUGUCAAUUUGUCUGGAUUAACAAAUUUCUGGAUUUUAGAAUUGUGGUUACACUGUAAUAUUACAUAUAAGGUUUAAUGAGGUUUCAGUGUAUUAUAAGAAUGUCUCCCAAUAAGUGCUCCUUUAGUUUCUGACAUGGUUAGUCCAGGGUCCAGAUUAACAAAGUGUCCCUGUAUUGUAACACAUUCUCCUUAUAAGUGCUCCUUUAGUUUCUGACAUGGUUAGUCAAGGGUCCAGAUUAACGGGUGUAACUGUAUUGUAAGAAAUGCUCCCAAUAAGUGCUUCUGACUUGCCCAGGGUGCUAAUUACAUCUGAUAUGGUUUAUAUUUGUGCUGUGUUUGCCUGUUAUCCAGGGCCUUCUUGUUGUUACCCUGCUGUUGUAUAACAUGGUCUGAUAGUGCUAAUAUACAGAACUUUUGUCGGUCUUUGAUAGGUGUCUUUCUACUUGACCUAUGCGCGUGCACACACACACACACACACACACACACACACACACACACACACACACACGCAAUUCAUAUUGAAUCUGCAAUAUGUAUGUUACUUUUAGGUACUUACAGUUAUGUGUGUAUAUGUAGUUGUUAUUUCUUGAUAACCUACUCUGUCAAUUCCAUGAAUAUGCAUUGUAAAUCGGUAAUACAUCCUAACUGCCAUAUCGCCUUGCAAAUACUGUCAGGAACAUUAACCUGGUAGCAAUAACAAGACUUCUAUUUCAUAUACAUGUACCACAUGGUUAAUUCAGAUCACAGACAGUGAUACACUAUAAGGUAUUUGUUUGUAUGUUUGGAAGAAAGAUUUUGAAGUAGAACAAAUUGAAAUUAGUCUGAAUGUGUCAGAACAUUUGAAAUAUGACCAAUAAUUAUUUUUCUUCUUCACAUGUUGUAGGCCAUAAAUGCUGUUGGCUUCCUGACUGAUAUCACAGGAAUCUGAAGUUCUGAUUAAAAUAAGGAAAAAAGGAUCUUUUUACUAUCAAACAUUCCUCUCUCUAUAUAUAAACAUAUACUGAAUAAAAAAGGUUAGGGAUCUUGAAUAUUUUGGGGAAUAUCUGUUUGUAGUUAAGACUGAGCACACAAUUUUAUUAAAGAUAACCGCAAAUAUUCAUGAUCCCUAACUUUUUGGUUUAAUAUAUUUAUCUUCAAGUGGCAGUUAAAAAGCUGUAGUAUCAAUGACGAUAUCAAGCUGACUUGUGGAUUUCAAAUUUUGUAUUCCUUCAAUGGAACAUGUCUACACAGAUGAUAGUACAUUUACCAAGUUCAUCACUUGAUAAAGGUUCUAGCUAGCAUUUGUACUGAAACUUCACAUUAUAUAAAGAAGUGGAAAUCUAUUAUAUAAGUUAAGAUAUACCGUAUUCGAUGUAAGAAGCGCUCAGGGCGCUCUCAAAAUAAGAAAUAGGGGGCUCUUAUUAGAAUAUUAUUUUGGUUGAAAGAUAGAUUUCGUGGUUUAUGCUGACAGAAUGA